ACCAACCGUACAUGGUUUAAAGUGUAAACAUGGCUGUCCGCGCUGCAGGUCAGAUUGCAGGUAUCUGUCAUUUGUAUAGAUCCUCAAGCUUAGGAGGUUUUCGGACGUUGUCACAAAAUGUAUCGUCGUCCAAACACACUCCCUCCAAUGCCCCUGAGACGACAGUGGACCAUUUGAUCUACACGCCUGAGCAUUUUGCAUUAAAGGAGUCCAUCAAAAAGAUCAUUGACCAGGAGAUCAACCCACAUGUGGACCAGUGGGAGGCAGAGGGGAAGUUUCCUGCACACAGAAUCUUCAAGAUCCUGGGGAACGCCGGCAUUUUAGGGGUCAACAAACCAGUUGAGUAUGGGGGUCUGGGCCUUGACUUCAGCUACAGCGUGGCGGUCUCGGAGGAGCUGGGUAACAUCCGCUGCGGAGGGAUCCCCAUGGCGAUCGGCGUCCAGACGGACAUGGCCACUCCGGCGCUGGCCAGGUUUGGUUCACAUGAGCUGAAGACAGAGUUCCUGCUGCCCUCCAUCCUGGGAGACAAAGUGGCCUGUCUGGGAGUGAGCGAGGUGGGGGCUGGAUCCGAUGUAUCAAGUAUCAUGACCAAGGCUGUGAGGCAGGGGGACGAGUACGUGAUCAACGGGGGGAAGAUGUGGACCACCAAUGGCACGCAGGCGGACUGGAUGUGUCUGCUGGCCAACACCAGUGACGGGCCGCCGCACCGCAAUAAAUCACUCAUCUGUCUGCCCAUGGAUCUGCCCGGCGUUCAUAUCGCCCGCCAAAUAGACAAGAUGGGGAUGAGGUCAUCAGACACCGCCGAGGUCUUCUUUGAUGACGUCCGCGUGCCCAGCAAGAACGUCAUUGGCAAGGAGGGCAUGGGCUUCACCUAUCAGAUGCUCCAGUUCCAGGAAGAGAGACUCUGGGCGGUGGCCAACACCCUGACCACCAUGGACAUUGUCAUCCAGGAGACCAUUGACUACACGCGGCAGAGGAAGAUCUUCAAGAUGCCCGUGCUCCACCACCAGACGGUGCAUUUCCGGCUGGCCGAGCUGCAGACGGAGGUGGAGCUGCUACGCUCCCUCCUGCACCGUGCUACAGCGCUGUUCAUCAAGGGCAACGAUGUGACCAAGCUGGCGUCCAUGGCCAAGCUGAAGGCUGGCCGCCUGGCGCGGGAGCUGGGGGAUAGCUGCCUCCAGUAUUGGGGGGGCAUGGGCUUCACCAACGACGUCUUGGUCAGCCGCUUUUACCGAGACUCCAGGUUAAUAUCCAUUGGUGGCGGGGCAGAUGAGGUAAUGUUGGGAAUCAUAUGCAAGUACAUGGACACCCUGCCUAAGUGACCUCAUCAUUGACGUGACACACCAUCACAAAUACCUCUUUACCCGAGACCCGAAUUUCUACAAAAUCACUGAAGUGCAAUUUACAAAUAUUUGUGUAACCAGGUUUAUUUUCAAUGAAGUAGCACAGUUUGUGAUUGUCAUGUUUGAUUGUCUUGCAUUAGUGAGGUAUUCUGGAAGAAAUUUGCAAUGAAACAAAGUGUAUCUGUGUAGAAUAGCUGCAACAGGUCCACGACAGUGCUUCUAUGUAUGGUUCUGUUCCAUCAAUAAAUCUGAUGAGUGGAACGUCAGACAUCUGGCGAUCUUUAUGUGAAGAUGAUGUUGUACAAUUAGGAUCUAUGCAAACCUUCCCAGCUAGUCUGCCAUAAAUGAAAGGAUAGAUCAUCAGAAAAGGUAAAAGCAGAAUAUAAUGUAAGCAUAAAAAUAAUUUUGGCCUGUACUGGUUCAGUCCACCAAGGUAAAUGAUCUAACCUUGUGGUUACAAAUAUGUUAUAGUUUGUAAUAACUGCAUUUUAAUGGUUAUUUUGAUCCAAGACAAAUGCUUUAUGAAGGCUCAUGAGUUUUUUAAUGUUAAACAGACUAAAGUUGUUCAAAAUAAACUUUUGGCAAUAA